AUUAGGAAAGUGAGUAACCUGAAAUUCUCAUCAAUUUAGAGCUAGUGUAACCAUCGUAGCAUAUAAGAAAUAAAACUGAUAUACCCUUUUGCAGUAUACUGAAUAAACGAAUCAUCUUAAUCACGUGAAAAAUAGAUCCCAUUUCAUUUGGAUUUGACCGUGGAGUUGCAUCACUUGGGACUGUCAUUUGUAACACCAUUGAACAUUCAUCAUUUUCACUGUGCCCUAGAUUAGUAGUACAGUGAAACAAAAUCGUAUAAAUAUCUCCAACUAACUCCCAACCUAUUACUACAACAAAAAAGCAAAAUGAAUACGCAAACACCAUCAGAAAACUUUCUGAGUCAGUUUAGAGACACAAAAUCUAAUUCACUGAAACACUUUACUGCUGCACAAUUUGUUGAAGUUUGGAAUCAUUAUGAUACAGACGGCAACGGUUACAUUGAAGGCUCAGAAUUGGACAACUUUCUGCGUGAAUUCAUUUAUAGUGUGUUCUCUGAAGAGCUGGGAAACGAAACAAUACCUAGUGAAGAUUUAGAAGUUAUGAAAAAAGAAUUCAUGGAAGCAUUCGAUGAAAAUUCUGAUAAUCGAAUUGAGCUAACUGAAAUGGCGAAAAUUCUUCCAACUGAAGAGAAUUUUUUACUUUUAUUCCAUCGGGAUAAUCCUUUAGAUUCAAGUGUCGAAUUUAUGCGGGUAUGGAAACGCUUCGACAAAGACAGAAGUGGAUAUAUUGAAGCAGAUGAACUGAAGUCGUUUUUGCUUCACCUACUUAAAGAAGCAAAGCCGGAAACAAACAUUGAAGAAGGCAAACUUAUCGAGUAUACUUCAUCUAUUCUUCAGUUGUUUGAUCAAAAUAAAGACGGUAAGCUGCAGCUCAGUGAGAUGGCAAGAUUGCUACCCGUUAAAGAAAACUAUUUAUGCAGACCAAUAUUUAAGACUGCUUCAAAAAUUACCUCGGCUGAUAUUGAUCGGGCGUUUUCUCUUUAUGACCUGGAUGCCAAUGGUACAAUAGAGGAUGAAGAACUAGCAGGAUUUCUGAAAGAUCUAUUGGAAUUAGCUCAAGAGGACUACGAUGAAGCUGAUUUGGAAUUUUUCAAGAAGGUAAUCUUAAACCAAUGGGAUGUAAAUAAUGACGGGAAAAUUAAUCGAGACGAACUGAAAAUGAUGCUUAUGCAACAGUCACGCCUGUUAGGUGAUAAAUCGUAAGUUUUAAUAAUGAUAACUUUUAAAGGAAAAAGAUGACUGAAGCGAAGAGCUACCUCCCUUAUUUAUGACAUUUAUAUUCUGGUAAAUAUUAGCUCUAGUCUCCCCAUUUCCGCAUUCUUGUUCCUUUCUCUUUUUGUUUAACAUUUCGAAACAAGUAAUCAUCUAAAUAACCAUUUUACCGCAUUAAUUAGUAAAUUUUUCCCACAUUUAUCAUCACAGUACUUUGACAACUACUCAGCAUUUUUUAUUGUAUAACUCAUAUAUUUCAUGUUACCACAUUAUUCUUAUUAUUAUUAUCAUUACUUCUAACAGUAUUGUUAAUCAUAACCGAAUAAAUAUGCAUGAUUACAUUCCUCAUGUAUCUCAGUAUUCCUCUUAUACCGCCAACAUUAUUGAUAGCGGCUAAUAAGUUUCAUUACAGUUAAUUUCUCUUAAAAUGUUUCUACUACGCUAAUUACUGACUACUUUUAUGUUCCUUUUUAUGCAUUAUUUGAAUAACUAACCACUUUCAUCAAAUUUCCUGCUUUCUUUUGAUAAAUAAAUAUGUUAUCAGAUUUUAGAUAAUAAAAAAAGUAUCUUCACC